GCAGCGGGGCGCGAUGCCCGAUGCCCGCCCGGGGCUGAGCGGGUGGGAGCGCUGCCAUGAGCGGAGCCCGGCGCCUCGCCCAGGGAGCUCCGCUGUCCCGCAGUGAGCGCUCUGCGCCGAGUGUCUCUUGUCCCCUGCAGCACGCUGCCAGCUGGCUUUGGAGAGGGAUUCCCUUUGCCUGCCAGCGCGGAGGGCUGUAGGACAGGCUGCGCUGGCGGAGGGCAGGGGGCACAGCUGGGAGCGGCUGUGCGGAGCCGUGCCCCGCCGCCGUGUACCUGGGGUGCUGGAUGCGAGCUCCGCGCAGCUCCGCCGAGCGUAGCGGCAGCGGCGCGGCAGAUGCAGAUGCGUGCGUGUGUGUAUGCUUAACCCUUUCUUGGCUCCUCGGAUUUGUACCAUGCUGAAGAUCCUCACCAAAAAGCUCAGGAACCAGAGUUUGAACGAAAUUCAACCUUUCCAGCUAAAGAUCUCCUAUCCCCCAAGUGAUGAGGACAGCGAUGACUCUGAGGGAGAGAAUCAGGAACUUGCUCAGAUCGACAGAGAGAGAAGACGGAAUUGUACCCUGACUCCUCUGGCCACCAACCAGCUCCAGAACCAGGAGAACCAAUGCUGCAAGGUCCGGGCCCUCUUCCACGCCAGCCUUGACCGCCACAGCUCGGAGGAGGAGCUGGAGCGCAUCAACCGAGAGUUUGCCGCGGAGAAGCGGAAGUGGUCCCAGGUCAGCCGGCUCACCUGCUGCAGCGACGGCAGCAACGCGUCCUCCAGCGACGAGGAAGUGAAGAACUUGUGCUCCAUGUCCUUCCGGCCUGUGGCGGAGCAGGGCGAUGGCCUCCAGGCCAGCCCGAGCCCCGUGCUGUUCAGUGCCUCCCCUCCCAAGAGACUCCAGCCCCUGGUGCGCAGCCCGGCCUCCGGACCUUUAAUCUUCACAAGCGUUGGGGCAGGCCUUGAGCAAGUCAUGCCUUGUAAGAGACAUCGGCAAGGAUAUGGGGAUAAGGUCAGCAGGCCCAGCCUCGACCUGGAAAAAAUGCAGCAGAAGAUGCUGCUCAAGAAGAAUUGUGGAGCGAAGACUAGAGUAAUUAAAAUUCGUAGCAUCAACGGAGGCCGCCCGCCACCCCACUUUAUGUAUGAUCCCUCCACUUUUGCCUUCCGUUCCCUCAGCACCUUGAAGCCGCUGAGCCCGAUAGCUCCAGUGGAAGAACCGUCAUGUGCCUACUGAAGGAGUUGCUCCAAAAAACCUCAGGAACUAUCAACCAGUGUCCUGCCUGGCAGGGAGAAGGGGAGGUGGUGAUACUCAAGGGGAGGGGUGGGAGAAGAAGGGGCAAUGGCACAUCUUUGCAAUGCAGCUGCUCUGGCAGGAGGAAGCAAAUGGCUCGGUAGCAGUGCCUGUUCUCAUACCACUGAUGGAUCCAAGCAGUGGCAGAUGUAGUGAGUUUUGUCUUUCAGGGCAAAGCAAACCACUCAGGUCCACAAAUGGCCAGAGCUACCCCCAAGGCAGAGUCAAACAUGAGGGUGGUGGUGAAUGAAGAUAUCCAGAAGGUGUUCAGGGGUUAGUAUGACCUGCAUGGCAGCAGGGAUGAGUGAUGAAGCUGUGAAACCAAAUCCAGUCAGUUUCCCAAGGAUACCUAGGUCUGCAGUGCUUUGCUAUAGACCUGACACUUCUCCCUCUCAAAAGUGAGCUCAGGGUCGGAGACAGAGGCUAUACAGAGCUGCUUGCAAAACAAGAAGAUCCCUCUCUGAGACUGUUACAAUUGCAUUCACAUCAAGCUCUCUUAAGUGGAAAACCCUAGGACAGGGAGGUGUGUGGAGGAGUAACUGGCUCAUUUAGCUGUGCAUUCCAGAUUAUCUACUGGCAGCUCAGUGAUACUGUCCAAAAAGAGACUGAAAUAGGUGAGUGAGAUAUCCAUAUGUAGAUCUGGGGUUAGAAUAAAAUUCUAGAAUUGGAAGGUCUGUGUUGAGCCAUCCAGGAAAACUCAGCACCCACCUUCAGUCCUCUCAGCAUCAUCAAAGAGAAGAACUUGAGGGGGUGACUGUGUGCUCAUGGAUCUCCUCUCUGCUGAGGCAGUGUGUGUUCUGGGGUAUGUAACACCUCUCCAUGGUAUUGUCCCACUGCAUGAUGAUGGAGGUAACUGGUACUACCAAACUCAAACCAAUUUAAUUUCUCCAGCAAGCUUUCCACAGCCCUUGUUUAGGCUAGCUGUUAAAUUCAGGUACACUCUUCUGGUAUCAGUGGAACAAUAUUCCCAGAUGAAGCAAGGAAUGGGAAAAAGCAGUCCAUUUUGUGGCUGUUGGUGGAAGAAACAGGAGGGGAGUUUGAGUGAAGGUGGGGGACAUUUCCUCACAGUUCUGAGGCUGUUGGAACCAUGCUAAGCCUUGCUACCACGGGUGUUUGACUGGGAUCUGUCCUUGAGGCAUGUGUGUGUUUUGUGCCACAAGGCAGGAGUUAAUUGCUCUUGCCUCUCCUGUUGAGUCAGAGGAACAAGGCCUUUCCUCUUGCUGCACCUGGUGGAGAGAGUAAGCUCUUUGUGCAGGUAUUCCCCACCAUGAGCCUGUAUCUGAGUGCGAGGGGAAGCAACUAGUUUAGUGUUUAUCCAGAUCAAGAGGAACAACUGUGAGUAAUACAAAAUAUUUUUUUGUUUUUUAAAUCUGCCUCAGUGUAGAGUCUUUGAUGCUGCUCUUUGAUUGAGACCAAUGGUCAGUCCAGCUGCCAGUAGGAGGCUACCCAGUGAACUGGUCUGGGCCCUUCACUGACGCCCCUGGGGGAAGUCCAGAGGCUGUAGGCUUGGGGACCUGAAUCCCCCACCCCACCCUCUUCUCCCUAACUCCUGUCAUUCAGGCAGGCAGAGCAGCUGGGCAAGGUGGUGAGGGGACAUGUGUCCUGAUAUUGUCCCAGCUCUGCCUGCUCUUUGGUUCCAGGCUGUUACAGCUGGGCCACCCCUUGCACCAGCACCACCUCCAAGAGGACACUUGUAUUUACUGGUGAGGGACCUCUGGCAGACCCUCAUGGUUCCCUGUAAGUCUCUGUUGCCAAGAGAGCGCAAUUCCUCUGCUGAUUCCUCCUGCCCCCUGUAGAAAUUCUGCUUAUCUUGUUUUGAUGGCACACCUCAGCUUUUUAACUGCUGCCAGACUGAGCUGACCAGUGCAGGACAGGAAGCAUUUCUCCUUUGGACCAAAUCCCUGUGCUCAGGAGAUGGGACAGCAAUAGCCUGGUCACUAUCUGAGAGGCACAUUCCUUGUGCAGAGGGCUGGGGUGGCAGCCCCUGCACGGCCCUGCAGCCUCAAGCUUUGCCCAGCAAGAGCUGCCGAGGCACUGGGGCCCAGAGGUGCGUUCCUGCCAGCCAGCAGGUGGGGCAGGCUGCCUUGCCCCGGGUGGGAGCAGGGAACAGGGAUGUCCUGCCCGAUAUCAUUGCCUUUUACUACUUUUGUAACUUUUCUGUCUUUUUCAGUCAGAAGAAAAAAUAAUAAUAAUAAAAAAAUUUAAAA